AUGCCACGCCACCAGGCAUCAGCCAACCAACCAAGACUCAACGCCAGCCUUCACCUGAACCAUCUGACAAAGGAAGCUUACUCAGGCUGCAGAAUGUUCCUCUGCGUUCUCCUCUGCACGGCUAUUUCAGUCCUGCCAUCCGCCGUCCGUGGCAGGGAAGAUGGCGAGCGCCACCCGCUUCCGAGUACCGGACCGACGUCUUCUUCAACGAAGUCGAGCUUCGUCUCUGAGGGCGACCGGGCUGCGGGAGCUCCGGGCGUGGUCGUGACGACGACGUCGUCGAUGCUGACCGCGAGUUCGGUGGACACCAACCCAGACGGAGGCGUCACCGCGAAAACGGCCAGCAUGGUGAUGACGAGCACGUCGGUGACGGCGCAGACGGGUCAUGGUCAGCUGACUGCCGAUUCGUCGACUAUUUCUUCGACCGCGACGACGUCCACGAGCGCCGCCACGGCGUCAGUCGCUCCUGAGAGAGGUCUCCCGGGAAGGUCUUCCUCGCAAGCUGUGACCACGACGACGACAACGACGACUUCUACGACUACGACGACGAGGACGACCGUCAGCUCCCGAAGCGAGCACCAGGCUUCGAGCUGGUCUGGCAGCUUCAAGGAGAAGAAGGUCAAGGAGAAGGUCAAGGAGAAGAAGAAGUACCGAUGUGUGCGUGGAUGGGUGCGAGCCAAAAUUUUAGGAUCUGCAUCUACAUCUACUACUACUCCUACGAUGUACCCGUCGGACCCGUUGCUGUUCGACAGCCGUCGAUAUUCAAACAACCCCGUAGCGCCUGGCCGCUGGCCCGUGCGCAGCAGCUUGCACCCGAUGAAAAGUUCUGCGAAGGUCUUCGGUGCGUCUUCCGUUGCCGGCCCGGGAUGGCGCUCGUCUCUACCGCAGCCAGCAACGCAAGCUAGAGAGAAGUACCACCAGAACACUGACGAAAACUCCAUCGCCAGCGGCGCCGUUUCGAUCCCAGUCAACACCACGGCGUCGAUGCUUGACUUGCUGGCCUCGGACAACCUUCUGCAGUGGCCGAACAAGCGCGAGACUAAGGCUUCGCGCUGUACUCUCGUGCUCGCCGUCAUCUGCUUCACGUGCACCUGCGCUUUGAUCUCCGCGAUGUUGGUGGAGUCGUACGCUAGCGUCGUCCACGAUUACGACUUAGCUGCGGGCCGACCUCGGGAGCAGUCGUUGGAGCUGGAUGCUCAGGCCACCAGGGUCACCGCGGAGAUUGCCACCAGGAUAAUAUUAGAGAGCAGGCCGUCCCACGGUAGAACGGACAAGGCGCACCGGUGGCGGGGGAGAAAUUUCACGAGAACCCUGGCUCACCACAAUUCGCGGGGAAGGCUACUGUUACCUCGUGCUACUACGUCUUCGAGGCCCAUUCGUCAUACUUUAGGUGCCGGCCUUGCGGGGCUUCCUAACGUGAUGUCCAGGUCUGCCAUCGAGGGCGUGUCUAGCGCGUACGUGAAACAACGAACAACACCGACUCCUCCCCCAGUGGACAAUGCUGCACCUUUUCCGGGCUUGGUCCCAUUUCCGACAGAGGGUUCUUCAGGCAUCUCGACGACCCUGGUAUUUUCCUUCGAAGCUUCCACGGGAUCUAAAAUCUCCUCGGGUCGAGUUCUUAGCGAGACCUCUAAGAUUUCACUAAAUUCGUCUGCGAUACCAAGCUUGCCGGAAGCCGCCACAGGCACUGAACAUGACAACAUGGGCGUGCCCCUGAUUUCCGUAAGCACUGCGGGCUCUUCCGAACGAUUUGCACUCGUUGCUGAUGCGACCAAGGGCAUUAGGACGCCUCGCAUUAAGCUGGGUGAACUGCACUGA